CUUUUUCUCGCUCCUGUCCGGUGUCAGUGUCACGGUGAGCCGAUGAUAGACGCCGCCGUUCCGUGUUUGUUUAUCAUUUCUUUACGGUAUUAAUCCAGCAACAAGUGUCAGCAUGUCCUUGGCGGAUCAACAGUGGUGUCCCACAAGCGUCCAGGUAACGGUACUCCAAGCCAGAGGCCUCAGGAUAAAGGGGAAAAGCGGCACUAACGAUGCGUACGCGGUCAUGCAAGUGGCCAAGGAAAAGUACCAGACCUCGGUGGUGGAGAAGAGCGUGGCUCCGGUGUGGAAGGAGGAGGCCGCCUUCGACCUGCAUCAGGGCGGCGGAGGGGAGCGCAGCACCCUGCACGUCCACGUCCUGCACCGAGCCCUGGUGGGUCCAGACAAGCUGCUGGGACAGGCUGUCAUAAACCUGCUUCAGCUCAGUGAGGACAAAACCCGCAACAAGACCGAAUGGUUUAAACUGCUAGACAAGACCGGCAAGUCGGACAAAGACAGAGGAGAGGUACUUGUGGACAUCCAGUUCAUGAGAAACAACAUGACAGCCAGCAUGUUCGACAUCUCUGCUGCCGGCAAAUCCCGAUCUCGCCUGGGCAAGUUCAAAGACAAAGUUCGUGGGAAGAAAAAGGAAUCGGAUGCUGCAUCUUCCAUGGUGCCGUCUUUUACCCAGGUUCUGACAGACAGCGAGGACGAAGCAAACGGGGAAGCUGAGGUAGCUGCAGGCAAGGACGAGAAAAAGAAGAAGCUUAAGAUGAAGUCUUUGUUUUCUCCCAAGUCUAACCUGCAGAAGAACAUGUCGCAAUCCAUGUCUGUUCUGCCUGGAAAGAAUUCCUCACUGAGCGGCAGCCUGUCCUCUGGUCUGAAUGUGGAUUCCUCUGAAGGUAAAAAGAAGUUCAAGUUCAUGAUACAUAAACGCUCGGGCAGCUCAGACAGCAAAGAUUCCUCUGCUACUCAACAGAAACAUGGUUCAGGGGAGCAAAGCAACUUGUGCAUCAAUGGCAGUCACGUAUAUUGUGAAGAGCCACCGCCUCGGACCGCUCGCAUCGGCUCAAACUUCAGUCUGGCUAGUUCAGGCCAUGGGUCCAUGGAAGAUGUCCCUGAGAACUCUCCCCCCUCUGUUGAUUCACUCAGGACUGUGAGGCAAUACUCACCCUGGACCGAGGAGGAAGAGGAGGAGGAAGCUGAAGUAGAAAAUAAGAAAAAGGAUAUGGAAGAAAUGAGGAUAAAAGAAGAGAAAGAGAUGGUUAGGAGACAAACGCUGGAGAGGUUAGCUGAGGAGAAGAGGAGAAAGGAGGAAGAAGAAAGAAAGCAGAUUGAAGAAAAGAAACUAAGGAGGGUGGAGGAGAGAGCUAAAGAAGAGGAGAGAGUUAAGAGAGAGGAAGAUGAGCGUGAGAGAUUAGCAGAAGAAAAGAGAAGACUUGAGGAGCAAGAAAGGAGACGGAUUGAAGAAGAGAAAAUUUGCAGGGAGGAAGAGGAAAAGGCUCAGGAAGAGAAGAGAAGAAAAGAAAAGGAGGAGGAGGAGGAGAGGGUGAGAAGACAAGAGGAAGAGCUUGAAAGGAAAAGGAUUGAGGAAGAGAAAGCUAGAAAGGAGGAAGAGGAGAGGAUUAGGAUGGAGGAGGAAAGGGCUCAGGAAGAGAGGAAAAGGAGGAAAGAAAAGGAGGAGGAAGAGGAGAGAAUGAGGAGACAAGAGGAAGAGCGUGAAAGAUUAGCAGAAGAGAAGAGGAGACAGGAGGAAGAGGAAAGAAAAAGGAUCGAGGAAGAGAAAGCUAGAAAGGAGGAAGAGGAGAGGAUUAGGAUGGAGGAGGAAAGGGCUCAGGAAGAGAGGAGAAGGAGGAAAGAAAAGGAGGAGGAAGAGGAGAGAAUGAGGACAAGACAAGAGGAAGAGCGUGAAAGAUUAGCAGAAGAGAAGAGGAGACAGGAGGAAGAGGAAAGAAAAAGGAUUGAGGAAGAGAAAGCUAGAAAGGAGGAAGAGGAGAGGAUUAGGAUGGAGGAGGAAAGGGCUCAGGAAGAGAGGAGAAGGAGGAAAGAAAAGGAGGAGGAAGAGGAGAGAAUGAGGACAAGACAAGAGGAAGAGCGUGAAAGAUUAGCAGAAGAGAAGAGGAGACAGGAGGAAGAGGAAAGAAAAAGGAUUGAGGAAGAGAAAGCUAGAAAGGAGGAAGAGGAGAGGAUUAGGAUGGAGGAGGAAAGAGCUCAGGAAGAGAGAAGGAGGAAAGAAAAGGAGGAGGAAGAGGAGAGAAUGAGGAGACAAGAGGAAGAGCGUGAAAGAUUAGCAGAAGAGAAGAGGAGACAGGAGGAAGAGGAAAGAAAAAGGAUUGAGGAAGAGAAAGCUAGAAAGGAGGAAGAGGAGAGAAUUAGGAUGGAAGAAGAAAAGCAUGAGAGGUUAGCAGUAGAAAAGAGGAGGCUUGAGGAGCAAGAAAAGAGACGAGUUGAAGAAGAAAAAAUACGCAGGGAGGAAGAAGAGAGGAUUAGGAUGGAGGAAGAAAGGGCUCAGGAAGAGAGGAGGAGAAAAGAAAAGGAGGAGGAAGAAGAGAUAAUUAGGAGACAAGAAGAGCUUGAAAGAUUAGCAGAGAAGAGGAGACAAGAGGAAGAGGAAAGAAAAAGGAUUGAGGAAGAAAAGGCUAGAAGGGAGGAAGAGGAACAGAUUAGGAGGGAGGAGGAAAAGGCUCAGGAGGAGAGAGUGAGGAGACAAGAGGAAGAGCGGGAAAAAUUAGCAGCAGAAAAGAGGAGACAGGAAGAAGAAAGAAAAAGGAUUGACGAAGAGAAAGCUAGAAAGGAGGAAGAGGAGAUGAUUAGGAGGGAAAGGGCUCAGGAAGAAAAAAGGAGACAAGAGGAAGAGCGUGAGAAAAAGAGAAGACAAGAGGAGGAAGAAAGGAUUAGAAAAGAGGAGAGGGUGAGGAAGGAAAAGGAAGAAAUUGAGAGAUUGGCAGAGGAGAAGAGACGAGAGGAACAAGAAAAGAGGAGGAUUAAGGAAGGGGAGAAAACUAAAAGAGAGAAAGAGGGGUUAACAGGAGUAUUAGAAGAACAGGACAAGAGGGAAAAUCAAAGAAAAGAUGGACACAGAGCGAUAGAGAGUCAAAGUCCUGCAGAAGUUACUUCUACUAAUCCAUUUGAAGAAAACAUUUCAAAUAAUCCCUUUGAUGAGAGUCCCGACUCACCUGCUGAACCCAACAGCAACACUAUCCAGCAAAGAUAUCAAUUUCCUGAGCCAUCAGUGGGAAGCUCAGCCAUUUCCACUGAUGAAAAAGCUGUCAUUACGACUCAGCAGGAGAAGCGACAAGCUCCUCUGCCUCCAGAAAGAAAUCAAACCAAGAGACGGAGUAAUAAGGAGCCAGAUGCAUCUACACAACACCUGGCACAAAUUAACAAGUUGAGCAAAGAAAAAAAUGUCAAAACUGCCAGUAUUCUCCCUCAGCGCUUGUUGCCUCUGGGUAGGCCUUCCACAGACACAAAGAACAACCAGAGCUUGACGCUUAAGAGUGCCACCAAAGGAACUACAACAACAACAACAGCCAAACACACUAAACGACCUGCACCAACUAGACCUGGCUCUGUGGAAGAGAAGCCAUUAUCUGAACCAAAAACAUCUAAUGGAUGUGUCUCGGAGGCAAAACAAGUCCCUGUUGUUUAUGGUUUAAAUCCAUUUGACGACGAUGAAGAUGAAAAUGAGCUCACAGCCCAAGAUGAUAAAACAGCUUCUGGUAACACUAGUUCAGUAGUCUGGCCUCCAGCUGUGUCACAAACUCACAAUAAAGACGACAUCUCGCAGACAAAAAAAUCGUCAAAGGUAGCCCGCGCACCCUUGCCUCCUGAAAAGACAGCCACCACAUCGAGCACUUUAAACAAGCUAAACACUGACGGAGCCCAUGAUAAAACACAUGUGACUGUACCCGAUAAGAAUGCAACACAAACAUGUGAUCCAGAGCCAGAAGCCAUACACUCCAGCAGAGUCAAGGAGAGUCCACUACAAGAGUCCCAGCCUGUGACAGUGCUGCGUGCUGGAGAGGAGGCAAGUGAGAAGAAGGAAGGCCCUCAUGCAUCAUCGCGCAGGCUUCAACCUGUAAAACCCCUGAAUCCAUUGGAACAGCAGUCUGUCUCAGGGGAAAAGGAUCCCAAAUCCACAGGAAUACCUUGUGAAGUUGAGGAGAACACAAAGGUCAGCAGCACUGGGGUGAAGGGGCCGUUCUCCCAGCUGACUCAGGAGGAGCUCAUCUCUCUAGUGCUGAAACAGGAGAAACAGCUGCUGGAGAGGGACAGUAAGAUAUCAGAGUUGGAGUGCUACAUUGACAACUUGAUUGUGCGCGUCAUAGAGGAGAAACCAAGUAUCCUCAUGUCCCUGAACGCUAUGAAGAAAACGGUGUAGGCGGGUUCACGGCUGAGACCUUAUUCCUGCUGGUGUUACUUUAUUCCUGCUGUACCCUAAUCAGUUCCAGUACUAAU